UACUUCUAAAGAGAAAAUAAUGGCAUUAGUUGGGCAGAUUAGGAAAGUUUUAGUUCAUGUCCAGGGGCGUGGAGUACCGUUGCUAGUCAACUUCACUGAAUGUUUGCUGGGCGCUUCAUCUGACUCUUGCAGGACCAACUCCCUGGACGUUCAGCACUUCAGUUUAUGCGCUUGCCGGUCCGGUUUACCUGCGCUUGGCCGGUCAGUGUCACCUUCAUCGGUUUCUGGUUGCCCUUACUGUGAAUACUUCUCUUGUAAACUUGAAAACAAUAUUCUUAUUCUCCACAAGUCUGACAAAGAAUCCGGAGUUGUUCUCUCUCAUCCUCCUUUCUGUCCUAUUCUUCAUUUGACGCAGGAGGAUAUUGCUGUAUUGCCCGCUGAUAUUGCUGGGCGAGGAGUUGAUGUUGGUGUUGUUGGACUUCUUCAGUCAGUUGAUGGAAGAAUAUUGCUGACCCGACGAGCUGAUCACAUGAGAUCAUUUCCGAGAACUUGGGUUCCGCCAGGAGGACACGUAGAACUAGGAGAAUCCCUGGAAGCUGCCGUAUCAAGAGAAAUGUUUGAAGAGACUGGGCUUAAUACAGAAGGGUGUACUGUACAGCUGCUGUGCAUGUGGGAGAGUGUUUACCCGUACAUUCUCUCUAUGGGUCAACCUACUCGACACCACCUGGUUCUUUACUACCUUGUCAGGUAUAUACCUACUCAACACCUAGUCAGGGAUAUACCUAUUUCCUAUUACCUUCCUGUCUAAUUCCAAAACCUAUAU